AUGGUGCGGAAGAAACAGCCCAAAAAAACACCUGCAGCAACGACGAAGGGGAAAAAGACCCACCGGUCAAGUAACUCUAAACCAAAUGCUGAGCCUGAGCCUGAGCCUGAGCCUGAGAAUAAGAAUCUUGAUCCUAAGAUUUCUGAACCUGAGAUUCCUGAGCCAGAGAUUUCUGAUCCCGAACUUCCUAUCUUUACGGCUCCUACAUCUCCGACUAAAGGGACUAGUCAAAAGGAAGAGGUCGAAAAGAUAAACCUGCCGCAAUCUUCCGCAACUGACUUCGGCCCGCCCCCAGGGCUGAGCUUCAGUUCUAGCCCCCCAACGUCGUCCCCCUUGUCGUCCCCUAGUCCUUCUAAUGAGCCGUUGCCGGAGGGUUUCAAACGGUGCCACCUGUCAACUGACGAUGAUGAGACCUCGGACGACGGCGGAACACCUACCAAAAAAGCCAAGCUGACCGCUGCCCCACUAAAGAAGCCAAACGUCGCAGAAGAAAACAUUCUUCUUCUUAGUCUCAAGGAUGAAAAAAACAUGAAGUGGCCUGAUAUCGUUGAAGCCUUCCGCGAGCACGGCUGGGCCGGUCGAAAGCAAACACUCCUCAAAAAUCGAUAUAGGAGUCUCAAAGAAGGAACAGUGUUCUGGGAGGAUGACGAUGCAAGUCCACUACUCCCCCCUCGCGAUAAUGCAAUACCACUUUUCCUACAAUAUUUUGACGGGCACUGGGCCGAAAAAGAGUUCGAGCGGACAAAGUGGGAUAAGGUGGCGGAGAGGAUGGUGGGGCUAGGUGCUAGUAGAAAGUUUCAGGGGGCAGCAUGUGAGAAGAAGUUCAAGGCAAAAGCCAUGGAGAUCAAAAAAAAGGGAGCGGCUGAAGAAGUUGCUGUAGUUUCAGAGGAACCCGCUGCUCCCGCAGAUGUUUCAAUGUCUUGA